GUUCACAUGAUGCCAAAGAGAACAAAAUACUGCUUUGAGCGCAUGUGGGCGAGUUUUGGCGGCAAUAUUGUUUAUGCGGUGACAAAGUGUGAACACGACAGGGUGAGAUAUGUCACAGAAGAAUACGUUGUUUUCUUAUUUCGGGCAGCCAAGUAAACGGAAAUCUACAGGGCAAAACCCGUGUAGUGCCGAACACAAAGUAAAUGGAGCAGAUGGGAAGCGGAGUAGAGACUCUGAGUGCUCACCAUCUGAGAAGAAAGAAUGUCUGAAGAAUGGUACGUCAGACCCUCCACCAGAGAAGAAAUUGUGUCUGGACAAUGGAUCUCCAGCAGGCGUUCGGAAUCUCAGUUCUCCAAGAACACCUGCUGGCAGAGUGCGUUCUGCGAAGGAAAGCCCACCCGGUUCUUCGGGGUCGAAAAAGAAGUUCAAGAGAAUCAUGAAUGGUGGUGACAGUUCUGAUGACUCGGAUGUGGAGCAGGACAGUGUAAACUCUUCAGAAAAUUCUUACAAGAAGGACAGUGCUAGUGAAAUAAAGCUGGCAGUGGACUCAGCCCUUGAUGGAUAUGAGAGGAAUGGUAACAGCGAUCUAAGAGAAGCUACGUCUGAUAGUGGAAAAGAAGCGAAAGAGGAAAAUAUUCCACUUGGACAAGCAAGCAAGCAGUCAGCAGUUGGAGAAGACAAGAUUAUUAUAGAUUAUAGGGCCAAGUGA